AUGAGACAUAGAAGAGAAAGAAUGAGGAAGGGGUUUGUUAUUCAAGUGAGCAAGUCCAGCGCCCCACCUAAACUGGGUGAAAGGCUGCCAGGGCGAGCCCGAGAUGGCUCCAGCGCAGGAGAUGCAGCCCAGUUUCGUGGUGGGUCUCACCAGCCGGAGGAAGCCCAAGGGCAAGUCUUGCCUGGGCUGAAGCCCGAGUCUGGUGACGUCAGCGUUGGCGUCACGCUAACGCCAGCGCAAGGUAAAGCAAUUUUUUUUACUGUUGGCGCGUGA